AUGGCACGACUGCGAAUUGUGAAGGAAACGAUGACUAGAAUUGAGAGAGUCAUGUCGAAAGUAAAAAUCGAGGACAUAGCCAAGUCAAGGCAAAAUUGGGAUCGCGAACGUUUUGUCCUUAUCGAAGUUGUAUUUUCGCAUUUUGUUAACUUGGCUCGCUCCGGCCUCUGUCGAGACAGCAAUAUAACACUUAAUACAAUGAAAUGCAAAUACUUAUCUAAUAGUGGUAAUCAUCACUCGCGAAAUGGAUGUCAUAAGAACACCAGGGUCCAGCCCUUAAAAUUGACAUUGGUCGAAGUUCCGAACACCUACCCUCUAUCACAAGUCACACAACGAAUAAUUCUAAGUCAGAGCACCGUGUAG